AUGUUUAAUUAUACUAAUGUUGGAUUUCUAUGCCUAAAAAUAAUUGCCCUUCUUUGCAUUUUAAUUGGAUACUUUAUGAAUUCAUAAGAAUUAAACAAAGCAUAGAAAAAUAAUGGAAAUCCAUUAUUGCUUGAUAAAAAAGAUUUUUUUUAUUAUGUAUUUAGCAGAAUCGUUUUAAUUGUUGAUGAAAAUUUUAAAGGAUUCGACUAAAAUGAUGUAUAUUAUCAUAUAGAUUCACAAUUCAAUAUAAAUUAUGAAAUUUUAUACAAUACUGUCAUACAUGGAAUAAGUCCAAUUGCAUAAUUACAAUAUUGGAAUAUUUAAUACUCAACCCUAGAUAGUGUGACAUACUAAUUAUAAAAGCAGAAUAAAACCAGCUAUUUAUCAAGCUAUAAAGCUUACACAGAUUAUGAUCCAUUUAGUAAAUUUUAGUCAUUAAACGAUGGUUCAGAAUUAAUUACUAAAUUAAACUCAAAAGAGUUUGCAUUCUAUUAUAUUGAUAAUCUAUAGCUAUCCUCUAUAGAAUAUGAUAAUUUAUUUGCUUAAUUAGAUAAUAACACAAUGAUUAUUAUACUUAAAUUUGACAAAGUCUAUUUUUAUACAAAUAGAACCAGAUUAUCUAAAGAUGAACAUACCAGAACUAAAUAUUCAAUUGAUUCUUUAACAGCCACUAUAAGUUGUUUAUUAGAUUCUCCAAUACCAUUAGAAAAUCAUGGAAUGUUAUUGCCGGGUCUUUUUUAUGAAACAACACCUGCUCAAGAUAUCAAUCAAAUCUAACUUCUUGAUUAUAUGAUGAAUUUAUACUAAUUGUAUGAACAUUAUAAUUUGAUUGAAAAAAAGAAAUCACUUAAGUAUUAAAAAGAUUUGGACUUAUUCAAAGAAUAAUUUGAAUUGGUUUCUAAUAGUAAAGAUGCUAAAUAGAUUUAAACUUAUUUAGAUACACUAAAGAAUGAGAUUCAAGAACUAACUGUUGCUAUAAAUUCCGAGAUAAGUGGUAAUAUCUUUGUACUUUUGUUGGGAUUAUUUUUAUGUGUCUAUAUAUUAUAUUUAAUAUUUUUUAAGCAGCAAGAGUUAGUUAUUAUUGAUUGGUAUAUCAUAGGAUUAACUAUAGCUUUUGCCUUUAUAGAAAUGAAUUGGCUUAAAAUAACAAUAUUUUUAAUCUUACUAUUAAAAAUGAAAUAACCAGUGAUUUAAAAUCUUUUAGGAUUCUUACUUUUGAUAAUUGAUUUCCCAUUUUAUUAAAUAGUUUCAAUAGGGAGUUUAGCUUUCUUAUUUCUAAAACAAAAAGAUUUAAUUUCAUCAUUAUUUUUUGCAGAUAAAAAUUUAUCAAAAUAUGCAGCAGCUAUACUUAUAAUAGUUAUAUUAUGUUCAUACGUGAAGUAUUUAUUAAUUAUUAUAAUACCUUUGAUUAUAUUUUUAUUUAGAAAAAAUUUGGAUGUUGCAAUUUUGCUGAUUUGUUGUUUUUGUAGGGCUUAAAAUCUCUUGCCAGUAAUAUUAUUGUCCUUUUAAUAUUUUAAAGAAAAUGAACAAAGUUAUUUUAAAUAUCCUGGUUAUUUAAUUAUAGAUAUUUUAUAUAUUACAGUAACUCAUCCUGUACUUCCUAAUAGUCCUAUUCUAUGCUAAAUUGAUGGAUAUUUGCAUCUAAUGGAUAUCAUAAUGUUAAUUUGUUUAUAAUAAAUGUUUUAUCAUUUUACUACUGAGAUUAAUAGUAACUUAGAAAUUAAUGAAAAAAGCAUAAUAACAAGUAUUUAAAAGAUUACUGAAUUUAAUGUGGAAUAUUUUGAUAAUAUAAUAUUAUAAUUAAUCAUAGAAAUAAUAUGGAUAAUCGAAUUAAUAUUAACAGAAAUUUUCUGUUAUGAUAUGAAGCAUAUUGGAAAUUAGUAUUUUACAUUACAAUUCUUAUGUUUAAAUUUAUUUAUGUUGUUAUUUUAUGUAAUUAAAGAAGGAGGAGGAAGGCAGGUUGAGUUAUAAUAUGAAAAAACAAAUAAAUAAGAGUUAGAGACAAAAGAAAUGUAUGAAAAUUAAAUGAAAGAAAUUGAAAUUUGA